AGGAGACGAGACGAGACGAGACGAGAGGAGAGGAGAGGAGACGAGGACGCCUCCAUCGUGUCUCUGGCUGCCUGCCCCGUUCUCCUGAUUGACCGGCCCGCUGGAGGCACGACAAGCCAAACCCACCCGGUGUGAGCCUGCGUAUAUAAAGCCGAGUGUCUGUCACCAGAUCACCAUCAUCACCAUCAUCAUCACAAUCAUCAUCAUCAGCCUCCUUCCGACCUGACCCGGGAUCCCUCUUUGUUUCGUGUCUUCAGGAGCAGCCAUGUCUCACGCAUGGGGAUACGGACCGACUAACGGACCUGACAAAUGGGGAGAAGAUUGCCCGAUAGCUAAUGGGCCCAGACAGUCUCCCAUCAACAUUUUACCUAAGGAGAUCAACUUUGACCCCACUCUGAAGCCUCUGAAAAUCAAGUACGACCCCUCCAACGCUAAGGGCAUUCUGAACAACGGGCACUCCUUCCAGGUGGACUAUGAGGACGACACCGACAGCUCCACCCUGACUGGAGGUCCUAUUUCUGGAACGUACCGCUUGAAGCAGUUUCAUUUCCACUGGGGAGCCAGUGAUGACAGAGGCUCCGAACACACCGUCAACGGCAUCAAGUUCCCCAGUGAGCUUCACCUGGUGCACUGGAACACUAAGUACCCAAGCUUUGGAGAGGCAGCCAGCCAGCCCGAUGGACUCGCAGUGGUCGGGGUCUUUCUCAAGAUUGGUAGUGCCAACCCCAGGCUUCAGAAAGUUCUGGAUGCCUUGGAUGCUAUUAAGACCAAGGGAAAGCAGACCACCUUUUCUAACUUUGACUCAAAGACUCUUCUUCCUGGUUCUCUGGAUUAUUGGACCUAUGAUGGCUCUCUGACCACGCCUCCCCUGUUUGAGAGUGUCACCUGGAUCGUCCUCAAGGAGCCAAUCAGUGUCAGCCCUGCACAAAUGGCCAAGUUCCGCGGCCUCCUCUUCACUGGCGAUGGAGAAGCUCCGUGCUGCAUGGUGGACAACUACCGGCCCUGUCAGGCUCUGAAGGGCCGCCGGGUCCGCGCCUCCUUCAAAUAAGCCCCUGUUCAUCUACCGGGCUUCCUUACCCCCUUUUGCCCAUCCGUCCCUCCUUGUACCGAACCUCCUUACUCCCAUUUUCCCAUCCUUUCCCAGAUUUUCGUCAGCUUCUAUUUCGUAGCUUCUAUUAGAAUUAUUGACAUCAACUUAAAAAGUAGAAUGCAAUACUUUCUGCAUACAUUUUCUAUGCCAUAGACUAACUGGAUGUAUCUUGAAUUAAAGUACGUUGAGGUACUUUUAAGCUUUGACAUAGGAAAUAGGUCACAUAUUAUAUUUUAGUAUCCAGAUCAAAUCCAGAUGACAUUUAACUUAGCUGACGUUAGCUAACGCAACCACAUGAAUUUAUCGUACUAAUGAACUACGAGCGAGACAAAAGUUCUUCACGGCGUUUCUGGAAGUCUGACACAAGGCUGAUGUGAAUCAUAUUUAUGAAGAAUGUUUUUGGUUCACAAACAAAUUCAUUGUAUUCUGUGGUUAAAAACCAGACAAUGUUAACUUUUCUUUGUUGGCGGUUGGGUUGAACACAGGUACCAAGGCACCAGGGAGCUAACAAACUCUCACUAAAGGGCAGGAAUCCUGUUAUGAAACCCAUUCUCCCUGGCACCGUAUAACUAAUAAUAACUAAUAAUAAUAGACAGUCUGCUUUAUAAGAUAUAAAAUCUAGCCAAAUAAGAUAUACAAUAUUCUGAAAGUAGAAGUUAUGUUUGUCUUUUUAAAGGAAAAUAAUAAAUACAAUAAUCUAAAUCAACAGUCAAAUAAAUGUUGUUAACAUAAAUGCACUUAAGGUAAAAAUAAAGAAAGACUUCUUGGGCAGAUCUAUAUUAUGAGAUGAUGCGUGCUAUUUAGUGCAGUUAUAGGCAAAAGGCCACUUAGCCUAUUGGACUUGGAUGUAGGCUUAAAAUACAUGCAGGGAUAUUUACCAAUAAUACAAAUAAAUAUUUUGAGUUUUUGACAGUAUGCGUUGCCUUCCUGAAGCUGAUUUGCUGCUAUGCGUCACAUUGUGUUGUGAAUUGUGCGGCAGACAGAUUGUUCAGGCUGAAGUUGUCAUUGAUGCCUCAUGUUGUGAUGCCGCUGUUCACUGUGGCCACCGUCCAUCAACUGGUGAGACGAGUGACCAUCUCAUGAUGUUAAUGUGUGGAAUGUUCCAGUAUGUCGUGACAGACAGUCCUGCAAGGUGUUUGCUGAUGAGGUCAUGUACACACUGAUGCAUGUGUAUUGUCUCUGUUGGGCUUCCAUCCAAUUUAUAAAUGUUUAGCUUUUUUUUGUUGUUGCAAAAUUUAGCCAUAACUUCACUGAGACAGCUGCAUUACUGUCGUCAUGGUCAGUCCAUUUUUAUAUAUAUUGAAAUAAAUAAAAACUAUGACAACUAAACUACCUAUCACCACAGUGCAUUAAACAUUGCCUUUAAGACUGAUGUAAGACUGUAAGUUGGAAAGAAAGAACCUAUAGGAUCAAUUUAUGACUAUAUAUUAACUCACACUGCAGUAUCAACAUAGGUAAUAGAACUUGUCAUUGCAUUUGUUUGUCAGCAAUGUCUAUAGUCAUCACUCCAUCUAACUGAAGUAUAUCAGUGCCAGAUAUUCAUAAGAGACCAGCAAAAUGUUACCUUUUUUUAGCUUUUAUAUCAAUGUAAUGAAACACUUUCAGAGUGGGAUUAUGGCGAGAUAGCUCUAACCUUUUAAAGUGUGUCACUUAAAACUGCUGUCAAAAUGUGGAAUCUGUCAUGCCAUAAUGAAGAAGACUUUUAUCAAUAAAUAUUCAUAACUUU